AUGGGCAUAUGGCACUCGCGCAGUGUCUUGAGGACCACUCGAACCAUCCUGUUAUGGAGGAAGGUUGAGGCGCCGGUCUUGGUGCAAACGAGGGAGUGGGCUCGGCUCAAGCGGUCCUUGCAUGUCUGCUCGAUCGUGACUCCCCAGUACACGACCGAUUGACUCUCGAUAUAGAUCAGGCAGCAUUCUUUCAUCUGCUGACAACCCUUGCGUUGUCAACCACGACAAAACUCCCUUNUGGUUGGCUGACGUGCGCGCGUGUGUGUACGUUGCGUGUGGAGCCUGCAACCGCAGCACAGCUGAGGUGUCCGUGUGUCUGCUUUCGUUCAAGCACUGCACAUACUGGAGUUGUCGCACAGGGGUGUGCGUUGAAAUUCUUGAUAAUAUCGCCCCCAGGGUUUACUCAGGACCGCACAUACCGGAGUUAUCGCACAG